UUUAAGUUCAUACGUUUCUGUGCUCUCGACGCAGUCGGACGUUUAAAAAUAAACGCGCUCCAACCAAAAAUAUCAAAACUCGCUGGCCACAAAUAAAACUGAACAAAAUUCGAAUUCCCCAUCCGAUCAAAUAAAGAAUUUGAAACUCAAAUCUUCUACUCUAUUAACAACCGGAAAAAAAAACCGAAAGUUUCAAAAUGUUCAGCUCGAUUUCAGAUGCAUCGAAAUCUUCGUUGAAGAACUUCGGCGACAAGACCGCCAACUUGUUCAGCAAGAAGAAGGAUGAGGCCGAGAAGCUGGCCAGCGACAAGGCCGCCGAGGCCCAGAAAUUAGCCGAGGAGCAGGCCAAGAAGGUCGGCCAGUCGGUGCAGCAGACCAAGGGAGAGGCCGAGCAGUUGGCCGCCAGCACGGCCAAGGAAGCCGCUGCUCUGGCCACGGCAGAGGCCCAGAAAGCGGGUCAGGCCAUCGACCAGGGUGUGAACCGUGCCGCCGGAGCCGUUAACCAGGGCAAACAGGCAGUGGACAACACAGUGGCGCAAGCGCAGGCCGUGGCCCAGAACUCCAAGCAGGUGGCAGCUAAUGUGGCCCAAGCCUCCCAGCAGGCAGCCGCCAAUGCAGUGGAUCAGACCAAGAAGGCGGCCAACGAUGCCAUCAACAAGAGCGUAAAGGCUGCCGAAACCGUGGCGGACCAGAAGCUCAAACAGGCCGAGGGUGCCAUCGAUGGAGCCCUGAAGCAGACCAGCCAGGCGGUUGACCAGAAACUGCAGGAGGCCAACCAGUACGUCGACCAGAAGCGUCAGUCUGUCGAGAAGACGGUCCAGGAUGCGGCCGGUCAGGCUCAGGAGUCAGCUGGACAGCAGGCCAAUGCCCUGCUGGGCAAGCUGCAUCUUGGCCAGAAGUAGAGGAGUCACCUUAAAUAUCUCGAUGUGAAAAUGCUUUAGAAACAAAGAAAACAAGAAAAUAGAGAAGGGAAUUUGCUUCAAUGUAACGAGUGCCAGUAAUGUGAUUGCUAAAUCCUCAAUUGAAUAUAUAUACAUACGAAUAUUUUUGGAAUAUUAGGAGGAUUAUUUUGUAAAUGCAGCCGCAGCUUUUUCGAUGUGAAAAUUUCAGCACAUCUCAGUCCGUACAAAGUGUAAUUAACCCUUUAGUUGUUCUUCGGUCGACUUUUGUUACUUUGAGGCAUUUGAUAUUUUAUAUACAGCGACGUUGAGUAUGCUUUUAAUAUACGUAUAUUCUGUUUAUGUAGAAAUGUAUGAUUAAGUACUUUUAACUCUUGCACAAUACACAGCAAAUGUGUUUUUUAAUAUAUUGGACUCGAAUGAGA